AUGUCUGCAACGCUAUCCAGUAAUGGAAGCGAAUCGCUUUUCCAACAGUUUGGAGGAAGAGGAAAUAUCGGCGAGCACAGUUUCCGCGAAUUCUGGCAUGAGCUCGCGCGAAAACAUUCACAGACUGAUCUCACCAAAAUAGCUGAUAAGUUCAUUGCGUUCAAGGGCGUCGUCGAUUCUAUCCAAAGGCCAGUCAAUGACAUGUGCUGGCUGGAUGUGGUCGAGUACUCUGAUUUACGAUCUCUCGUGGUCAAGAAGCUACGAGGAUAUCAUGCAGAAGCCUCGAAGAGAUAUCAUUUCCAAUCUUCACACUACGGGCUGCAGCCAUGCACUUUGCUAGGUCGAAAUGUGGGACAAUAUCAAGAUCUUAUCGGUUUCGGUAUACUUCGCGUCAAAUUCUCCCUCGUUGCCAAUCUAUCACAGCAUUUUCUUGCUCUCAACCUCCCAACCGGUGAAGUUUAUGACUCGGAAAAGCGGGACCAGUUGCUAGUACUCCUAUUAUUUGGAGGCAAUAAUAGUGUGUACGGGAUUCUCAUUGCAAAGACAUAUGGAGUCAAGUAUGAGAUGAUACACUAA